AUGGUCUUCCGUCGGUUCUUGCCUUUCUUCCUCGCUGCUGGAGUUGCUACGAUUCUAUUCUUUACCGUAGUUCAGGGACGAGAUGUGGGACUACCAUGGCAGCUUGUUGGUUUGGGAGAGGACGUAGGGCCGACGGAGGAAGAGAUUAAGAGUGGGGAGAAUGUCUUGCCGGAUGUGAAACAUGUCGACCAAGACAAACACGAUGGAGCUGGAGGCAGUGGAAGAGAUUGGCAUGUCUUCCAGGAGCCGAAAGUCGAGGAGACGAGUCCAUAUCCGCAAGGCAAAAUGAAGCCGCCAGGGAGUAAUUACACCAAGGGUCUCGUGCUACCCAGGUUGAAGAGGGAGGAUACGGGGUGGGUUGAAGAGGAGCUGGUGGAUUUGAUGGAUGAAGAGCUGUUGAGGAGUUAUAUCUAUGUUGUGGAUGAUCCGACUGCGGCGUUAAGGCCGCCGAAGAAUAAAGGGCAUGAGGUCUCGGUGUACCUUUCCUACAUCAUCGAUUAUUACGAGCACUUACCGGAUGUGAGCAUCUUCAUGCAUGCACAUCGCUACGCUUGGCAUAACAACGAGCUACUUAACACUGAUGCUGCGGCAAUGGUGAGGGCUUUGAGCCCUGAGAGGGUAACAAGAGAGGGUUACAUGAACCUCCGCUGCCACUGGGAUCCUGGGUGUCCUGCUUGGCUACAUCCCGGGUCGACGAUGGAGAAUCGCGACAAACAGGAAGAGGUCAUACUGGCCGAUUCAUGGUCUCAACUUUUCCCGCUCGAUCCUAUACCCACCGUUCUUGCCCAACCCUGCUGCGCCCAGUUCGCAGUAUCUCGCGAGCGGAUUCAGGAAACGAACAAGAUGCGAUAUAUCUAUAUGCGCGACUGGGUCAUGCGCACAGACCUGAACGACUAUCUCUCCGGCCGUGUCUUCGAAUACAUCUGGCAAUUCAUCUUCAGCAAAACUGCCAUUCACUGCCCUAGCAUGUCGGCGUGCUACUGCGAUGGGUACGGCAUUUGCUUCGAAUCUCCCGAGAAGUUCGACGAAUGGUUCAAGCUGAAGUAUGAAAAGAAUCAGGUCAACGAGGAGUUGAGGAUGUGGAGGGUGAAGGCGAAUAAGAUCGAGACGUUGCAUGGGAACGCAGAGGAUGGGAGAAUCAAAGAGGAGGCGAAGUUGGAGGUGCCGGAGGUGGGCAUGGAUCGGGAGUUGGAGAAUUGGGUCGCGAAAUUGGAGAAUGAGAUGGAGAAGAGGAGGCAGAAAGCUAUUGAGAGGGGGCGGGAUCCUGAGCAGAGGGCGAAGGGGAGUGGGAGGGGAUGGAAGAAGGGUGAUGGGUUUUGA